UGCGUAGACAAUAACCCACUCGUCCAAAUUAGCCACCUGCUGCUGAGAUUCGCCAUCAUCUCGCUUGCUCCGCUGGCUUAUUCUUCUUUUUUAUUUUAUUUCUUUUAUUGUAGUCGUCUGUGCUCGGCAAUGCACUGAGAGCAAACAACCUCCUGCAGCCCACCGUUCAUCACAACUAGCCUCAACCCGUUAUCAACUUCUGCUGCCACCACGGAUUGACUUUGUCUCCCCAAUACCGCCUGUUCAGUCCAUUCAAUUCACCAUGACCAUGGACGCUCCCCCAAAGCCAACCUCACAGAACCUCUUUGAGGUGUACCUCCGCCUUCGCCCACCUCCUCCCGGCGCUCCGCAAACAGACCGAAUUCUCAAUGUCGAAAAGCCUGAGCCUGUCGAGGGCGACGACGAGAAUGCUGCCAACCUGCCCGCCUCUCACAUCACCCUCAACCCUCCUCCUGACCGACGACGUGCCAUCGAAAAGUUUGCCUUCACACGCGUGUUGGAGGAGGACGCCACGCAGACAGAUGUCUUUGCUAGCACAGAGAUUGCCAGCAUGGUGCAGGGUGUACUGGCACCCAAGGGUGGCGAUGGUACAGAUGCCGUUGUAGCCACACUUGGUGUUACAGGCUCUGGAAAGACACACACUAUCCUCGGUUCCAAGACGCAAAGAGGUCUUACCCAGCUCGCCAUGGAUGUUCUUUUCCGUUCCAUUGGCACAAAUAUGCUCGAUUCCAACGCUCUUCUCUCGACCAUGGACUCCCUUCAGGCCUGCGACCCCUCUGAAGGCGCCCUAGCUGCCGCCUCCCAAUACAUAGACUCCGUCUUUGCUCCCGAAAACCAUCUGCUCGCCUCGAUGCGCUCGCGUGCCGCGACGCCAAUGAAUGUAGGGACAUCCCUUUUACCGCCUACUCCCGGCUUCCAUUCUGUAAAUCUCCGUGGACGGCAAACAAAUGGCCAGAACAAGUGUAUGCCUGGCGCAUUUCCAGACUCCAACAGGUCUAGCUCGUCUGACAAACAGCCACCAAUGCUGCAGGGCCAGUAGCAACGGCUCUCGUCGUUUCGGCCCUUUGGCAGCCUAUCGCCAUUGGUGUUGCCCAAGCGGGCAGCAUCACCGCAAAAGUUUAUGAACAUAACUGCGUCUCAUCGCAACCGAGUCCUUACUAAAACAUCACAGGCCGAUUUUGGCAAUAGCGUCAUGUCCCCCGGCCCGAAUGGCCCUCGACGAAACCUCCCCAUGCCCAUGGCGCUCCCGCAGACCCCCGAUAUCUCCGAUGUUACUGUGGAAUGCGACCCAUCUGGCGAAUAUGUCAUCAUCGUGUCCAUGUACGAGGUGCACAACGACAGAAUCUACGAUCUCCUCACACCCGCCCUCAAGAACGCGGCAACGAAGGAAUACCGUCGCCGACCUUUGCUCUUCAAGUCUACAGAGCUCUCUCCCGACCGCAAGGUCGUUGCUGGCCUUCGCAAGGUUGUCUGCACAACGUACAAGGAAGCGUUGCUCGUAAUCGAAGCUGGUCUUCACGAGCGCCGUGUGACUGGUACGGGCAGCAACAGCGUGUCGAGUCGCAGUCACGGCUUCUUUGUCUUUGAAGUCAAGAAGAGAACACAUGCCACUCGACGUGGUAGCCCUUGGGGUGGUAGCCGCCUGACCAUUGUCGAUUUGGCGGGCAGCGAACGCGCCAACCAGUCCAAGACACAGGGUGCCACCUUGGUCGAAGCCGGCAAGAUCAACGAGAGUCUCAUGUACCUCGGUCAAUGUCUUCAGACACAGAGUGAAGUUGGCAUUUCGUCGAAGCCAAAUGUCGUUCCUUACAGACAAUGCAAGCUCACUGAGCUACUCUUUUCCAACUCCUUCCCUACCUCGAACGCUUCGGCUUACCCUCAUGCACCGCGCCGAAACCCUCAAAAGGGUGUCAUGAUUGUCACAGCCGAUCCUGUUGGUGAUUUCAACGCCACGUCCCAGAUUCUGAGAUACAGCGCGCUGGCUCGUGAGGUUACCGUUCCCCGUAUUCCAUCCAUCACAACCACCAUUCUCGCCAACCCUCCUCCCAUGGGCAACCCACGACCUCCCAGCCCUGUACAAACCCAGACCCGUCCAUUUGUCCCUCCCGGCAGUGGUGCUGGCUACAGAAAUCAUACUCCUUUGAACGAGGACCGGGCUACAAUGGAAAUUGCCGCACUUGAAAUCGCUCGCCUUAGCGAUGAGAUCGAUUUAUUGCGUGGCGAGCUUGACGAGGAAGCCAAUGCUCGCAUGACGGCUGAGGCCCACCUGUUGAGCAUGGAAGACCGCCUUUUGGACCUCGAGGCAGCGAUCCGUGAAGAGUGCGCCAUGGAGUAUGAGCAGCGCCUCACCAUGGAAAUCGCCCGCUUCAAGGCAUCUCUUGCCCAAGAACAUGAGCGUGGUGAGGAGCAUUGGGACCGCAAGGUUGAUCUUCUCGAGCGCGGCUUAGAAGCUGGCGCCGUCGCUGAUGAGGGCGAGGGAGACAAGGAAAACGUCUUGAUUGAGGAUCUUUCUCAAGAAGUGGAACGUCUUCGCCGGGAGAAUGGUGUCCUUAAGCGCGAGUUGGCCGGUCGCAGCCCAACCAAGAGAAAGCCGCUUGAGGAGAGAGAGGACUUUGCUCCUACGACGGGCGAAGGUGCUGUGAGCAACCUCGGCCGCAAGUUAGAAAGAAUGAAGGUUGGCGCGUCACGAACUGAGAGAAGUGCGAGCCCCAAAAAGGUCCGUCGUGUGGCCAAGGAGUAGAACUAGAGAGAGAGAGAGAGAGAGAGAGAGAGACGUUAGGUUGUUGUCACCGUAUAUUUUGUACCUGCUGCAAAGGAGGGAGAGGCGCACGGCGUUGGAUGUAAUUAGCAUGUUGGAUCUUUUGUCGUGUUGUUUUUGGUCUACGUCUGAAUACCCUUUUAUACUGCAAUAAUACUUUAAAAUUGUUCGAGAUGUCGAUGUCUUUUUACUGCUUUUAGUGUGAAGAGGAGUCAUGGUUGGGAUGCGUUUUGAUUUCUGAUUUUUUGUAUUUUUCGGUCGAUUGACAGUUGUUGUAGACUAUUCUCUCUGCAAGACCACCAUUACACCCAUCAAUCCCAGCAUUACCGUCUUGAGCCACGGGUGCUCGGACAGCAUGAUGGUCACGUAUCCUACAAACGGGACGUAACCGACAACACUGCCAAUAAUAUCUUUGCGUGCGAGAUAAUCCUGUCCUCUGGCGUAGAGCUCGGUAUCAUCCGCUACGUUGUUGUCGCCCUUUGUCAAUAGCUUUGCGUCGUCACUAUACACAGUCACUGUUAGCCAUCCAUGGACAUUUAUCAAGGGGGAAAAGGUAAGCUUACCCAGAACCAAACUUGCGCACCACGCGAUGCACAAUAGGGAUAUCUUUGUCCUUGACGUUGUAUACAACCACCUCACCGACCUCAGUCUCGGCAAAUAGGUUUCUGUUCCACAGAACGAGCAAGUCACCGCGCUGGAAGGCGGGCUCCAUAGAGCCAGACAGGACCACGACAAUGGGCGACGGCGAGUCAGCCAGAACUCCGAGACCCUUCCACAUCUGCCGCGCGUUAGUCAAUGUAUUCAAUGUAUAGGUUCGAAAUAUCAAAUCGGUCGUACCAUGAAUGCCGUUGAGAGGAUCAAGGCAAAGUUGAGGAUCUGGGCGGCAGCUUGCCGCGGGUUACCGAGGGCGGCGACCAUGGUUGACGUGUGUGUGUCUGUGGUGAAGCGUGAUGCUCGGCGGCCCAAUGGCUUGCAAAUUGGAAUUGCAAGUGUCCUGCAAUGAAUACGAGUCGCGAUGUCGAGGCGGGCUUGUCGCGUCGUUCGAGAUAGGCGGCUGGCGGCUUGGGCUGCUUAGGCUUGCGGGU